AUGCUUCUUCUGAAGUUUAUACCUCCCAAGUUUUUUUUGACGGGGAUAGUCACCUUCUGGAGUCUUGCAUCUACCUUGCAAGGUGUCACUAGCAGCUACGGAGGAAUGCUCGCCUGUCGUGUGCCGUCUCUUGUAUUGCAAACGCCUUCGCAGGCUGCAGCUUACGGUCUUGUGCAAGCUAAAACUUCGAUCACUCCAUGGAAGCUUGUGUUCAUCGUUAAAUCCACCCCAACGUUCCUCGCGGCUGCAUUGAUCUUCCUCCUUCUACCAUCUGGUCCUGACAGGUGGGCUUGGCUCAGUCCCCGUGAGAAUGAGAUCGCUCGAGAGCGUGUGGAGCGAAGUCAGUCCAAAGAGCACCAUGGGGGAUACUCUGUUGCCGGUUUCAAAGCUGCGUUGAAGGAACCAUGGACCUGGUGGAUCGCUAUAAUCCAUUACGCAGGCGGCAGUGCAUUUAACUCGCUUUCGGUGUUCUUGACGGCCAUCAUCAAGGAAUUGGGAUACACUUCGGUCAACGCGCAAGGAUUAUCGGCACCUCCUUAUCUGGUCGCGUAUGUUAUUGCGGUCAUCACCGCUUACUGGUCUGACAGACUUGCGAUACGAGGUUGGUUCAUUGGCAUUGCCAACUUGGUCGGUGGUGUCGGGUACAUGAUGAUCGCCUACGUCGGACCCAGGAGUGUGCGAUACUUCGCAGCCUACGUUACUGUUGUUGGAGUAUAUGUUGGUCAACCGCUUAUGUUCUCGUGGUGUGCGACGAAUGCGGAUACAUCUUCCAAGAGGGCGUCAUCUUUGGUCAUAUUCUUGAUUACCGGUCAGCUGGGUAGCAUCACUGGCAGCAACAUCUAUGACGAUGCGCCCCGAUACCACAAGGGAAACUCCAUCUGCGCUGGGCUCUUAUUCCUCUCUUCCAUUCUCUAUCCCGACGCUGUUGUCGAGUCGACCGCAGAUGGAUCAGAUCACCCUGCUUGGCGAUUCGUAUAUUAA